AUGCCGACUUACGAAGUAGCUUUAAUGUUGCGUUCUAUGCCUAAACCGGAACUUAAAACUACUCUUAAGCGAAUUUCACAUGCAAUAUUUGACCGAGGCGGUAUAAUCAGAAACAUAGAAAACUUGGGACAUAGACCUAUGCCUUACAAAACUACUGCUCAUGGACUAGUCCACAGAGAGGCAAAUUAUUUUGUAUUUAAAAUCGAUACAGCAACAAAAGCAGUUUCCGAUCUAAAAGAAGAAUAUAGUAGAGAUGUCGAUGUUAUAAGACAACGGGUUUUUAAAAAUGAAGAAAGUGGCAGCAACCAUUGUACUCUGGAAGAAGAACUCCUACCUCCUGCUUACCGAGACGAGGUUAAGAAAAUGA